CGGAAGUGAAUGGUGUUUCAAGUAUAUUUGUUUAGUGUUCCUAGUUUCACGGACUGACUGAGACGUUUGCCGCUGUGCUUCCGCAUUACACACAAAAAUUACUGCCCACCCAACGCGCAUCCUUUAAACAAGAUCACAGCUUCCGUAUGAAAACAAAGAUGGCGACUUCGGCUGACGUUCAUGUUCGAAUUUGUGCUCAAGAAAUGAUCAAGUAUGACCUGGAAAUUAAAGCUGCCAUUCAGGACAUCAGAGAAUGUUCUGGACCUCAGAGCGCUCUCAUGCAGCUCAACUAUCACGUCAAAGACAAAUUCAACCAACUCAGACGCAGAAUUCAGGAUUUGGAGCAGAUGGCCAGAGAGCAGGACAAAGAGUCAGACAGGAUGUCCAUCCAAGCAGAGGCAGAGAGCCAGCGAAGACAAAUGCUCAGUAACCAGACAGCGUGGAGGAAGGCCAACGUGGCGUAUGUCAUGUCCAUGGACAAAAUGGAGAAGGACGAGCUGCUGCGUGAAGGAGGUCAGAGCGUCAGAGCAAGGAAGGUGACUAAAGAAAGUCUGGUGGAGAAUAGCAGCAACAUCACAGAGAGCCUGAUGUCCAUCAGCAGGAUGAUGGCGGAGCAGGUCAAGCAGAGUGAGGACAGCAUCAGCACGCUGGCCACCUCCUCCCGCACGGUGCAGGAGACGAACGAGGAGUUUAAGAACAUGACGGGAACUAUCCAUCUUGGCAGGAAGUUGAUUCUCAAGUACAACAGACGAGAGCUGACAGACAAGCUGCUUAUCUUCUUGGCGCUGGCGCUGUUCCUCGCCACCGUGCUAUACAUCCUCAAGAAGCGCCUCUUCCCCUUCAUUUAGACCCCCCUUUCCCCCAGGGAACAAUAAUGACACAGUGAGUGCUACUACUAGUGAUACUACAUCCUGGACUUUCCUGCAAGUGUACAUAUAGCACCCGAUUGUCUGUCCUAAGCAGCAGCAAAUAUUUCAAAGGUGGAUGUACGUUUUCAAAUAGAAUCUGCAGCACUACUCCUCUGCCAGACGGUGGCAGUGUACGCUACGCACUGACGUCAUUGUCAUUUAGUUCCACUUUUAUUUAAAUAUAAACAUGUCACAUUUGACUUGAAAGUGUUGGAGUAUACGAUGAAAAAUAUAUUUGUGUAAAGUCAGAUGCUCUUUGAAGGAAACGAGUACGGGCUUUAUAAAUACAAAAUAAAAUAGCAUAGAGUGUGUUGGCGCCCCCUGCUGGUCGUUGGCGGUGAGGUAGAUAUCUGGCUUGGUUCUCAGUCCAAAAGAAAGCGUAAAACAAAAAGAGGUUAGUGGUUCUCUGUGGAGUUAAGUCCAGACCACGUCACGUUGUCAGGCCGGUUGGGCUCUGCUCCGUCUGCCAAGUUGGUCUCUCUGGUUUGUGGUCUUGGCGUGCUGGAGGGGCCGCUGAUGGGUGGGCCAUCAGGACAGGUGGUGCUGAGGCUGCCACACAGCGCCCCCCAGUGAUGCUCACAUUGUCCCUGCAGGCGUUGGCCCACCCAAAACCGGACCUCAUCGCCGCACUUCAACAGGAAGUUCAUCAGCUCGGCGUAGGGCCUGAUAGCAAAAAGGAUCACAUGAACACCAGAACCAAUAGAAAUCACAACAUCACACGUCAACGCACCCUGGAGGGAAGAGCAGGUGGAAGUUGACCAGGCUCCCCACGGUGUCCAUGUGGUCCCGCACAGCGAGACAAAGCUGAUGUUUGGAGAAACAUUCCCUCUGGAGAGAGAAGACCAGAUCCUUCACGGCCGCACAGCGCCUACUGACACAGCUGAAACGCUGACGGAGGCCCAACGCCAAACAACGCAGCGCCUCUUUCACAGACGACUUGCCCUGCGCAACACAGGUGAGCAGCGACAUCAGUGAAUGAAGAUCCAGGUGACACUUUACGAUAAGGUACACAAAAUGACACUAGUUAACGAGGAAUGAACCUACAGUACCUGACCGUAACCACUACUCAUUAGUUCUUCAAUAAGUACUCUAAAUGUAUGUCCUUAGUCACAACUACUGGUAGGUGAGUGACGACACAGGUGACAGAUUGUAUUGUAAACAUCAGCAGUAGUCAUGUGUAGUCAAGGACCUAGUCUAGGUUUAAAAGUCAUGACCUUUGCCCCACCUGUGAGUCGUAGUGGCCUGCGUGGUGCAGCAGCGUGACACAGAUGUGAUGCAGGCCGUGGAUCUCACACGAGUUGUUGUUGAAACACUGAAACGUCCCACAGCCGACGUCCUCUGAACUCAGCAGGCAGCUCUGGAUAUCAGCUGGUGUGAGAGAGCGGGGAGUAAUCGAACGGUCAGCUGCCACUACCGCAGUGACGUGACGUCACGUUUACCCUCGGUGAGAGGACUCGAGCAGCGACCGCGUAGACUACCCACCUGUGCUCUGCAGAGAGAGGCGACGCUUAGCUUGAGUCACGUGUUUAUCGGUGAGGUUGCGCGGGUCCGAACAGCGCGAGUGCCCGCACGCUGAAAGCCAAAGAAGAAGGAGCACGAGCGGCGCAUGCGUGUUCAUGUUUGCCUGGCCAAGAAUGUGGCUUGAGAGGCGCAAGUCGCGCUCGGUUUUUAUACAGCCUCCCGGAGGCCGUGCGCGUUCACGACAGCCAAUCACAGAGCAGCCCUGUGUGCGCGUGGUGGCCGACAGGAGACUACGGCUAUGAAGAGUUUUGGAACAAGAACUCCGAUGCGUUUUCGCACUGAAAUCUACAGGAAGGGGAUCAUAUAAAGUCAUUCUGAGUGAAGAACAACUUGUGUGUGCGCGCCUCAGCACAUGACCUAGUACAGGCCACUGAGUGUUCUAGGUUGAAGUGUCGAUACUAAGGAGGAGACCGUAACGUUGAGGUCACGGAGAGGACAUUUAAAAUGCUCGUGACACCAAAAGAUGUUUGAAAAAACAAUAACAAAAUGAAAGUACUCAAGAAAUAAAACAUCUUUAGUCGUACGACUGUCGUAAACAAUCAUGAAAUGGGAGUGAAAUGAAAUGGUGAUUUUUGACACGCCCUCCAGCGAGUAGGUCGAACCGACGCCAUGUUGGCUGUGACGUCACCGCCAGAAAACUUUCCGGGGGCCAGAUUCAAACAUAUGCAGCCAAGACAGUGACAUAUUCACAACAAUAACAAAGUAAUAAUUGUUUUGUGAUAGUUAUGAAAGAACACACACAGAAUAUUGGCCACAAGUAUGUCAGAAAGUGACACUGCAAAAUAAAAGAUUAGUGAACAGCGAUCGCUCCUCAUUUAGCCCUGGAAUGAAACCGCAUACUGUUAUUCCUAGAAUAAAUCUAGUGAAACAAUGUAGACUGACUUACUGAAACUCACAGAUUGACUGCAAAAUAAGCUAGCAGGGUGAGCAAUUCACGUUGAGAACACUUGCAGUGGCAACAAGGUCCAAAUACAACAAUGGACGCACGGAAGGAAGGUGACAUAUUCACAACAGUAACAUUCACUAAUAUUGUGGUGUGAGGAGUAUAUGUUUUACUUGCAGUGAUGGCUACAACAGAUACUACAUUAGCUGCCUAACUAGCGUGUCAGUUGGGAAUUAGCACUGCAUUAGCCACCAUGAACACUACAAUGGCUACUAUGGAGCCUAUACCUUUCACUUGUGUUUUACUGUCUUGGGUACUUUAAAGUCAUGAUUGAGGCAACAAAGAGUGUUUUUCAAUGUGUUAUCUGCGUUGUAUUGUUAUUGUUUGUCCGAGGGGGUCAACGUUCGUCGUCUUUGCUUCAAAGCAUUGUUUUGACUUUGACCGCCAUGACCCCUGACAUCCAGUCACGUGACAUCAAUGUCGGCCUGUGAGCCAACCAAAACAUUAACUAUCUUACGAUGCCGUGUGCAUGCGAUCACGCGUGUUCAGAAGCUUGUUUGGACAUUUUUAGGACUCACUCCCUCAGCUCGCCAAAAUCCACCCACACAGUGACCCUUCACCUCCUAAAACACACACACACACACAAGUUGUCAUGUUUACAACAUGGAGGCUGCAGCUGAUUGGAAGAAGACACAUUCAUUCAACAGCAAUGUUCUUCUAAGCCGCAGAUGUUUUUUUUUUUUACUGCUGGGAACAUGACUCAAGUGACUUCUCCUCUAGAACAUAC